GAACAAUAGUCCAUCAAUGUCGCGUAGACCAUCUGUCCGCCCACGGCUCAGAAUUCCAUUGAAAGGACGAAACAAUGGACCAAGCCUAAACUCGCCUAUUUCGGGGCCACCAGUGGCUGAGAGUGGGCGGGUGCGUCUCACUGUGACAUUAGGCACAAACGGCCACCAGACAGUGUGUGAGGCCAACGAAUACGACACUCUCACGCUUAUCCUCGAGAGUUUGUGCUUGAGGAAGGGGCUGGCAAUGGAUCGAUACUUUCUUGCGGUGGAUAAUAUGGGUGUACGCCGAACACCGUCCGCAUCCGAAAAUGUACACCAGACACUGACCCAAUACGGACUCAGCAAGCUGCUGCUGGUAGAGAAGUCCGUGUACCAAGUGUGCCUGAGUAAGACGUCCAAGGAAAGCCAUGGUUACAAUGUGAUCUGCCAAGACAAGGAUACCACUCAAAAAGGGGUCUUUAUAUGGGCCAUUACGGCCAACAGCGUGGUCGCUACCCAGGAUUUGGUAGUAGCGGGAGAUCGGGUUCUACAGAUCAACAAUGUGCUGUGCUCAACCAUGAGUUUUGAGGAUGUGCUUGGAAAGCUGAGGCAAAAUAAGGUGGAGCUGACGAUUGCAUCAAAUCGAAACAUGGAUGACAACCCCUUCUGCAAACCCGUGGCUUUUGACUUCGAGGCCGCCGCUGAGUACCGAACUAUCUUCAUGUCCAUCUCAGAAAUUGAGGCGCUCGGCUGCCCCGCAGUUCCCGCCAAACAUGACCAAGUCGAAGUGAAUUCCAUUGGAACCGUCAAACCCAUUUUGGUCAAUGUCACAAUAAAUGAGAUCAAGCGUGAGCAAGACAAUGCCCUCAAGGCAAAGGAGCUCUUUGCAAAUGCGGAUUGGGCCGAUGAGUCUGUGGAUAUGAAAAGGUUGGGCAACCUGGUGUACAGUGGAGAUGUCUACGUGUCAGUGUCAAAACGCGAAGGCGAGCGAUGGGAGUGCUUCCUAUUCCAGAGAGAGAUAAUUAUGUUCCGUAAAAAGGAACGCGCAUCAGGACCUACCUAUCGGCUGAAGGAGCGGCUGCCCGUCACACACUUGGUGGUUCGCGAUGCCAUACAGGACGACGGUCGGCAAGUGUGGGAGCUAGUCAAUGCACAGGACAGUAAGGCCAAAAAUAACAACCCUAAAAGCUACUUCAUCGAGUGCAGGACCGCCGAGGAGAAAAAGUAUUGGAUGAACAAAACGAAGGGUGUGCUGAAGGAUGCUCUGAAGGCUAAGAAACAAUUACCAGGUAAACCAGCUGUGGCCGAGGAAGUGGACUUCUUAGACUUUUUGAAGGAGGCUGGGGAAGCUGGGGGCGAAUAACUGCUUGUGGCUGAGAGAUUGAUAAGAUACAAACACUGAUAUAGGUGCCUAGCAAUAAAUUCGUAUUCCUGAUACACG